GAGUCGUUGAGAUUUUCAACGGCAAGAAAUUAUAACUUUGUGGUUUUUGUGCUACGGAGUUGAAGGUGGUGAAUAUGAAUAAGUUUGUGAUAAUUAUCAGUGUCAUCCUAGUCCUAAGCAGCGUGCACAUGCCACCGGCAGAAGCGACGGUGGUCCGGUUGUUCACCGAGUUGCUGCAGAACAACGUCGCUGGCAUUCCGCUGAUCCACAAGACGGAGGAAUUCGAUUUCGAUCCGGAGGUUAGCAAAAAGCGCCGCGAGUUGUACUACGAGCAACAUGGUUAUCGUGGUGAAAAGGCGAUCCAACGAGUUGGUCUAGGAAUCGACGGACGACACCGGGAGCGGCUGGAGUACCAACGGCAACGUGAUGAAGGACAUUUAAAUGGACUAAACAACCUGCAGUCGUAA